UUAGCUUUAACGGACAGGAUGCGUGGAGUAGCAACGUGCCUUACCAGAUCUAGAUUGUAGCAAGGAGGGGUAAUUAGAAACUGAUCGAUCGACCUACCUACCUAGUAGUUAAUACUCUAUCGUCCUUAUAAUACUCUUAGCCAGGUAUUUACUCAUUCUUAUCCUCUAUCCUUUCUUAAUUUACCUCAUCUCUAUAAACCAGAUAAUCAUACUCACCAUAUAAAUACUCAAAGCAACAAACGAGACAGAAACCAUGGACCAAUCUUUCAAAGACAAAGUCUACGCAAUAACCGGCGUUUCAGGAAUCGGCCUCGCAGUAGCCCGCCAGCUACAUUCUCGCGGCGCUCUCCUCUCCCUCGCAGACAUCGAUCCCUCAGCUCUAUCAUCAGCUUUUGCUGAGCUCGGCUCCGACGCUUCCACUAUUCUUACCACAGCCGUCGAUGUGAGAUCCGCCACGCAAGUCAACGACUGGAUAGCAGCUACGGUGCAGAAAUUCGGUCGUCUCGAUGGCGCAGCGAACAUGGCGGGCGCAAUUGGGAAGUACCACGGGAUCAGGGACUUGAUUGAUCAGGACGAUGACGAGUGGGCGUUGAUCAUGGGCGUGAACCUGACGGGGUUGAUGCAUUGUCUACGCGCGCAGCUGAAAGCGAUUAGAGAAGAUGGAAAGGAAGGAGUCGAGGGACGAGGAAGUAUUGUGAAUGCGGCGAGCAUUCAGGGUGUGAGGGGCUUUGCGCAGCAUGCAGCGUAUAGUGCGAGUAAACAUGGGGUGGUGGGCUUGACGAGAUCGGUUGCAAAGGAGGUCGCGCCGGCUAUUAGAGUGAAUGCAGUUGCGCCGUAAGUGUUUCUCUUUUUUUCUUUUUAUUGUUAUUCUGCUGCUCUGGUGCGUGCGGGGUGCUACUUCAUAAUAGUUCUGCGUGCUAAUAAUGAAAUAAUGUAUUCUUCUAGAGGAUCGAUUCAAACACCGCUGC